AAAAGAGAAAAUACUGGAUUUUGAGAUGAAUGGAUAGGUUACCUUUCAGAUCCAAUGGCUAUAACUUCUGGACAUGGAAGGGACGCAAGAUACAUUAUGUAGAACAAGGAAUGGGACGCCCAGUUGUUCUUAUACAUGGAUUUGGUGCUUCUGCAUUUCAUUGGAGAUACAACAUACCUGAAUUGGCAAAGAAGCAUAAGGUCUAUGCUCUAGAUUUGCUAGGUUUUGGAUGGAGCGAGAAAGCUAUUAUCGAGUAUGAUGCAACAGUUUGGAAGGACCAAGUGUCUGAUUUCCUCAAAGAAAUAGUAAAAGAACCUGCAAUCUUGGUUGGAAAUAGUCUUGGAGGGUUUGCAGCUUUGAUGACAGCAGCUGAAUCAGCUCAGCAUGUUCGUGGAGUUGUUUUACUAAAUUCAGCUGGACAAUUUGAAAAUCCAAGUGAACAGCCCAAGAGCAAUGAAGAAGAGACAGUGUUACAGAAGUUUGUGUUCAACACACUGAAGGAAUUCAUCCAAAGAAUAAUCUUGGGGUUCCUAUUCUGGCAAGCAAAGCAACCUGCUCGUGUUGAAAAAGUCCUGAAAAGCGUGUAUAUAAAUGCCUCCAACGUGGACAAUUAUCUCGUGGAAUCGAUAACUAAACCGGCGGAGGAUCCAAAUGCUGGAGAAGUUUAUUACAGAUUGAUGACGAGAUUUAUGUCAAACCAAAGCAAGUACACGCUUAACAGCGUCCUUAGCAAACUCUUGUGCCCAUUGUUGCUGAUAUGGGGUGACUUAGACCCUUGGGUUGAGCCUGCCAAGGCAGCUAGAAUCAAAGAGUUCUAUCCAAACACCACCGUUGUCAAUUUGCAGGCAGGGCAUUGUCCGCAUGAUGAAGUCCCUGAGCUCGUGAACGAAGCUCUACUCAAUUGGCUAUCCUCGUUAUAACUUGAAGUCAUCACCCAAGCAUUGUGAAUUAUUUGUCAAAUACAUUCUUUGUUGGGGUAAAAACUCAACAAUGUAGGUUACAUCUAAUUUAGUCAAUAAAAUGAGAAGCAAUAGGGAUUAGAAGUUA